GACCUGGGAUACAGGGGAGGGGUUCUAGACGAGCUCACGGGACUAGAAAGCCUUUCUCUAUGGGAAUAAACUGAUUAGAUUUUCUUCUUGAUUGGAGCGGCGGUAACGCGAUGACCUCUGGGUGGGAUGUAAACUAGGUUGAGGCGGAGGGUGGGAAAGGAAGGCUCUUGACUCAUCAGAUAAAGCCAGCCUAGCUGGAAGGUUCAAAAAGAGCUAGAAGAGGAGGAGAAGGAGGAGGAGGAGCGGGAGGAGCAGCAGCAGCACCACCAACAGUAGAAGCUCCAGCAGCAGCAGCAGCAGCCGCCGCAGCCACAGCCACAGAAGCGGCAGAACAAUAACACCAAUUAACACCAAGUGGUGGCUGAGAGAAUAGGAGGAAUCCUGACUCGGGGAAGAGAGAGGCAGUCAGGCAACCAAGCAAGCAAGCAACCCAGCAAUCAGGCAGGCAGGAAGGAAGGGACUGGCCGGAGCCAUGGCCGGAGACAGUGAUCAGACCCUUCAGAACCACCAGCAAACCAACGGAGGGGAGCCUUUUCUGAUUGGCGUCAGCGGAGGCACAGCCAGCGGCAAAUCUUCAGUGUGCUCCAAAAUCGUGCAGCUGCUGGGUCAGAAUGAGGUGGAUUAUCAUCAGAAGCAGGUGGUGAUCCUCAGUCAGGACAGCUUCUACCGAGUGCUGACCCUGGAGCAGAAGGCCAAGGCCCUCAAGGGCCAGUUCAACUUUGACCACCCAGAUGCCUUCGACAAUGAGCUCAUCUUCAAAACCCUCAAAGAAAUUACAGAAGGAAAGACGGUUCAGAUUCCUGUGUACGACUUUGUUUCCCAUUCCCGGAAAGAGGAGACAGUGACUGUAUAUCCUGCUGAUGUGGUGCUCUUUGAAGGGAUCCUUGCUUUCUAUAGCCAGGAGGUACGAGACCUUUUCCAGAUGAAGCUCUUUGUGGACACAGAUGCAGAUACUCGACUGUCCCGUAGAGUGUUAAGGGACAUCAGCGAAAGAGGGAGGGACCUCGAACAGAUCUUAUCUCAGUACAUUACGUUUGUUAAACCUGCUUUUGAGGAGUUCUGCUUGCCAACCAAGAAAUAUGCUGAUGUGAUUAUUCCUAGAGGUGUGGAUAAUAUAGUGGCCAUUAACCUCAUCGUGCAGCACAUCCAAGACAUCCUGAAUGGAGGACUUAGCAAGCGUCAGACCAACAAUUGCCUCAAUGGUUACACCCCCUCCCGCAAGAGGCAGGCGUCUGAGUCCAGCAGCCGGCCACACUGACCUCCUCUGUCCUGCUCCAUGCCCCCACCCUGAACCCUACCCCAUAUUCACCCAGAAGACAAAGGAGGAAGGGCAAGGAGGCACCACUGAGCUGUGUAUAGAGUGUUUCCAGUGACAUGACUGUAUGUAAGAAACAGCCAUGAAGAUGCAACGCCUUUGAUUUUUUUUGUACUUUGGAAUGGGCGGGAGGAGAUGGAAGAUGACCUGAGUCGAAUUGACGAACUGUGCCAAGAGCUACCGGUGAUGCUGAAUUACAAGUCCAUCGUGUAACCAGUUAUAAAUAUAUACAUAUAUAUAUAAAAAUCUAUUUUUGUGUAAAUGUAGAAUAAUGUAAAGCUGUUUGCCGUGAGUAUUUUCCAAGGGGAUAUGGUGAGAGCUUGUGCUUGUAUUUUCUGGGGUAGGUGCUUUAGCCCUGGCACAGGGCAUUUGUUUCUUACAUUUCCAGAGAGUAUAAGCCAGUAGUUUCAAGCAUCUAUCAAGGAGGAGUGAGUGAUGCAGGGUGGGGGGAAGGAUGGCUGAUAAAUUCUCUGGAGUGCUGUGCAUUUGCAGAAAGGGUUAGCUUCUGACAUUCCUCCCCUUCUUCCCGAGUGCUGCUCUCUUCUGACAGAUGGUGUCUUCUGGGGCGAUGUGAGAGCUGAGAGGAAUUCUCUUUGUUUUAGUUGGGAAUGAGGGAAGACCCCAAAAUCAUACUCAGGGAAGAAAGUGCCCUGCAGAAGAGAGUAAGUCUUGAAUGUUCUUUUUGCCCUCUCCUUUCCCCACAUCCAGCUAGUCUGUAUAUCCCUUUCUUUUUUCCUCCCCAGUCUUCUCAGAGAGCCCCAGGGUGUCUCUGGUUCCUACCAGAAUAAGUAGGAGUUUUGUGAGGUUGCUGUCACCACAGACGCAGAGCAAAGAAAGGAACAGGGGAGAGUUUGCCAGUAGUGUGGGAACCUCUUGAGGUGCCGGCUUCAGAUGGUACCUGGAAAAAAUUGAGUGAUCGAACUUGGGAUUUCCCUUGCCUUUUUGUUAAAUGGCAACCUAAGGGUCUGGGCUUCUGUGUAUUUGCUUUCUGAUCAGUGGCUCGGGCUCUCAGACCCUUCCAUGUGGCCAAUCAUCUCAGUGAUAGGAGAGCCAAUGCAAGACACUUAAGCUGCCCCAUCUCUGACAGAGGGGUGGCUGUGUUUGCUUUUUUUCCCCUAUAAAAACUACAUGCACAGUUAGUAGGAUGAGCUCUAUCCCUCUCCCAUCAAUGAUUUUCAUUUGCAAUGUGACAACCAGGAUAAAAUUGCUGUUACCACAGAGAAGGAGAACAGCUCCAUCCUGUGCCUUAGAGGUGCUAGAAGGAGGGGACUGUAUAUAACUGGAAUUCUCCCUCUCAAUGACAGGGAGGUAAACCCCAGCCAGGCCCCUAAUGAUGCCUUCCUUCCUGGGAUAGAUUUCUAGAUAAUUUCUGGGGGAAAACCCCCCAGAACUACUGGAUUCAUGAGAUGUGAUUUUAAAAUAACAUGACUUAUUUUAAUUUUUUUUUUAUACUUGCCGCAUCUGUAUUUAUCCAAAAUUUGUGUGAUCCUUCUAAGCAGGUUUCCCCCGCCCCUGCCCCCCCAGGGGACUUGGGGGCAGACAGGGACAAGGGGACAGACUGUUCUAGCAUUUAGGGAACUCUGCAAGUAGUUUUCAAGGUCUAGUUUGAGUUGCAAAACAAAACCAGUCUCAUCCCUUGACUCAUCUAGCCUAGUCUCCCGACACCCUUUCUUAGUCACCACACUUGGCUCCAAGGGACUUGGAUACUUCUGAUUUGCCACCCCUCAGAAAAGGUGCCACCUUUUAAAAUAAAGAAACAUUAUUUUCUCCAGAGAGAAGUGUUCUCUCUCUAAAGGCAGUCCAAGAGAGAAGACUUCCCAGAAUGUUUUAAGCCAUGGCAAUGUCAUUGAUUCAUGAUGUCACCUUCCCGAGAAUUCAUACCUUCACAUGUGGAAGUUCUGGAUUCUUCUUAGUAUUCAGUCACAUUCUUUUAGAGUCACACCUCAGAGCUCUUGAGGCAUGGGGGGGUGGGGGAGGGAGGAUACCACAGGGCCAGGAGCCUCAGGACAGGUGGGGCCUUCACCCUAGGUGGGGGCAGUCUCUUCUGCCAAUGAGAAGUGUCCAUUUUGGAGAAUCUUUGCCUUGCAGCGGGUACCAUGCUCAACUUUACUUGAAGCUCCCAGGUGCCAAACCAUUUAGUGCCUUGGCUGCCUAUCCCACUGCCUUGUAAGACAGAUUCUUCUGUUGUCACUGACCCUUCUUAGUUGCUUCUUCAUCUACUUGUGGUAUUGGGACCAAGGCCAUCCCCUGAGCAGGUUCUCUUCUCCACCCUCCAUGCCCUCCCAUCUCUCCAUUCCUCCAUUGAUUGCUGCCCCCAAGUCAGUUUGAUAACAGCUUCUGGCCUUUCCCUGUCACAGCUCAGCUGACAGGCAAAGGAGGCUGGAUGGCAUUUCCCAGGGUUGAGCAAGAUCCACAGAAGGACCUCCCCCAAAACUAUAGCACAGAGCAGGGAUUGCCAUAUUGGAGGAAAAGAAGAAAUUCAGGGGUAUGAUUCAGGUCCCUGAGUGCCCCAGGUGGGGUGCCAUCACCUUCAGGCAUGGCACAUCCCCUCACUGAGCUUCUGCUGUCCUCAUAUACAUACCCUCCUGCGGAUAUUAGGGUGCAGACAAAGAUGAGCACAAUGGAGGCUUCCUUCAGAUUCACCACCAGAAGGUGCUAAGUUUCUGCCUCAAGACUCAGGACCUGCAGCCUGGUAGCUAGGAUCAUAUAAUAUGAUGAGUCUGGCUUCAUCCUAACCCCUAAACUGGAGAACUCUUGCUUCCUCCAUUCUUCAUAUCCCGCUUAACCCAAAGAAAGAUGAUUGUGGGCUAAGGGAUUACUAGAACUCCUGGAUGCUAUUGAGAAUGUAGUUGGGCCCAGACAGUGGACCAGGAGAGGUAAAAGUGGCAGUUGUGCCCCCAAAGCACUAGCAAGGACUCACUAUAGCCACCUGUUCUGUGGUAGAGGUGGUUAAUCGUGAGGAGUGUGUUUUUAUACCCUUCAUUGGGUUCUAGGUCAGACAAUUGGAAUUUGAAACUUUGCUGGACUGAGUGUGGUACAAGAGCCUCCUAAGUAGAUGAAUGGGUUAAUCUCAUAGGAUUUAUAGCUCUAGGUUUGGAUGGGAAAUCGAGACUCCUUAAGUCCAUUCAGUGUUAUAUAUAAAUAAGUGACCUCUUAACCUGGCAGAAAUGACCUCAGUUCAUGGGAGGUUAGGAGCACAUGUUCUGCAUCAACAACCCUCCGACCCCACUUCCACACGUCAGAUCUUCCGGAUUCCACAAGGGAUUGGAUAUAUUUUAGCCCAUGAAGACUAAGCUGCGUCCAUAAAGAUUGGACCUCUUUACAGAAAGGAUCCUUCUACUUGACCCUUCUAAAAUUGUUCUUUGGGUCCAGUAGGCAAAGCAUGCUUUCUUAGCUGGAGUGGUGGUAGCAAACAGGUUCUGGGCAGGAGAGAAACCUGCCAAAGUGAAUCGAGAGAGUGAAGUUCCCUUUGCCCACUGGUGAGGGUCACUUUCCUUUGGACCAGGCAAAUGGUUAAAAAUCUGCCCUUGCUAAUUCAAUCUCUCUGCCUUUAUGUAUAUGAUAGAAAGAGGCAGUAGCUACCAGUAUUGCCUCUGGAUUGGGGUUGGGUGGUUGGUGAGGGGUUAAAUUUUUUUGUUUGAAAUUUAUACAUUUGCCUUUUCUGUUUGUUAUUAGUGAUGACGUCCUCUUGCCUAUGCGUAUUCUGUCCUUCCCUGUAAAUAAAGAUGGAACCACAAGGAUGUGAUCCUUUCCUUGCCUUUA